ACGGUGUGUGUGUGUGUGUGUUUGUGUGUGUGUGUGUGUGUGUGUGUGUGUGUGUGUGUGUGCACAUACAGGAUAGUACCCUACAAUGCACAGUGUGUGUGUGUAUGUGUGUGUGUACACUACAAACUCAACAAGUGGCUGCUUUGAGGAGAUGUGGAGAGACAGGUGUCAUGUUGGGCGGAACAUCGCAUCACCCGGAGCGUCUCCAUGGAGAUGUGGGAGGCGUGGCGUGUCAUGGCGUCCUACGAGAUGUUCAAGUGUCUGGCGAUCGGUUACGUAAACAUGUCUCUAUCUCUACUGGAUGUGUAGGCAAGCGAUGUGACACACACACGCACACAAGGGUUUGGCGAUCGGUUACGUAAACAUGUCUCUAUCUCUACUGGAUGUGUAGGCAAGAGAUGUGACACACUUCACGGUUCAUCGGGUGCGUAUCAGCCGCGAAGCAUGGGCAUGAUAUACUUGAUAGUGACCGAGUGUGGACACUAGGGGGAGACAAACCCACGCUGGAGAAGUCGAGUUCCUUGCGAGGAGUUGGAAUCAAUAUGUACCUUGCGUUGGUUAAACGACCCCAGUGACUAUUAAUGGGUUUAAUUUAUAUGUUUUUCUUUAUUUUGAAUAGUGGUUGUCAUUUUUCGGGCUGUGCCGGUGUGUGUGUGUGUACGCGCGACCGGGACAAGAAAAGUGCUUGGUCAGAGUUUAGAUGUAGUACCGUGCAGUCUCACGUUACUGCCGCGCUGGAAUCUGCUCCGGCAGGAAAUAACUAUUGUUUCCAUCACGCCUAUCAAUUGUCCUCUCAAACCCUGGCGUAGGUAGCCAAGCAACCCGCUACUAUGCACUAUGUACACUAUGUAGGUUCAUCUUGAAAUAGUACAGUUUAUCCGUUCUCUCUGGUUUGAAGAGUGUGAUUUUUUUUUCUAUCCGACAGGAGCUCUGAGUCCGUUCCUUCCUUGACAGCUCAACAUUUGACAUUUCCACGCUCCGGUCUCCACCUCCUCAAUCAGACGCGAGCCUCGCUGCCACCUGUGGUGCAUGCGUCACGAGAGCGCCUGUUGCUUGCAUGGAUGCGUGAUUGAUCGCGGGAUUGAUUCGCUUUUCGCUCUCUCUGCAGGAAGGGCUGAUGGCCGUCAUGCGGCGCGGUCUCCGUUCGGAUCUGGCGCGCGACUGUGCCGCCCCGGCCCUGUAACCGCGUGCAUUUAGUCGUAGCUACUGGUUGGGUAAUGAUCAGCGCUGACCGUAUGACAGUGGGCUGUGUCUGUGCGUGGCCGUGAUCGCCUGCCUCAGUCACCCGCGGACCCGUGUGAGUUACCGGACGUGGUUGCCGGGUUGAAAUUCAGGGGCGCGAGUAAUUGCUGGACAGCUUGCGCGAGUGUAUGGUUCGUGAUGUGCGCGUGUUGAUGGUGUGUUUGCAUGUGGCAUCGGGGACUCAGGUGCAGACAUCGGGAGUGACGGAAGAAGACUGAGCAUACACACACACACACACACACACACACACAUUCACACGGAUCCUACCGGCACCGUACCAAUAGAGCUGGAUCCUCAGUAUUUACAAUGUCCACUAAAAAGCCAUCGGUCUCGGAAGAACCGGCCACGAACGGGACUUCAAGAAACAUGCUGGAGAGAUGUGCGUCUGUCAACGAAUAUUUUGACAUUGCCUUCAAGGUGAUGCUGCUGGGGGACUCUGCGGUGGGGAAGACCUGCCUGCUGGUGCGCUUCAAGGACGGGGCCUUCCUGGGGGGCAACUUCAUCGCCACCGUCGGCAUCGACUUCAGGAAUAAGGUGGUGACUGUGGACAGCAUGAAAGUGAAGCUGCAGAUCUGGGACACAGCUGGACAGGAGAGAUUUCGCAGUGUCACACACGCGUAUUACAGAGACGCCCAAGCUCUCCUCCUACUCUACGACAUCACCAGGAAGUCCUCCUUUGACAACAUCCGGGCUUGGCUGACUGAAAUUCAUGAGUAUGCACAGAAGGAUGUGGUCAUCAUGUUGCUUGGCAACAAGGUGGACAUGGCUACAGAGAGAGUCAUCAAACGUGAAGAAGGGGAGAAGCUGGCCAAGGAGUACGGUGUUCCGUUUAUGGAGACUAGUGCGAAGACUGGACUCAACGUGGAGCUGGCCUUCCACGCCAUCGCAAAAGAGCUGAAGCACAGAGCUGCCCAGCUGCCCAGCGAGCCCAAGUUCCAGAUCCAUGACUACAUCCAGCAGCAGAACCAGAAACCCAGCUGCUGCAGCAUGGUGUGAGAGGGGGAUAGAUAGAGAGAGAGGGGGGGGGGGGGGUGUUCCAG